UGUCGGAGAGGAAGGAUCUGCUCAGCGGCUCUGCGGGCUGAAGAUGGCGGACGGAGAGAGCAGUCUCGGAACGGCCUUUUCAGGCGCCUCCGAAAUGGAAGAACCAGCCGCGAAAAGGUCGAAAAUCAGUCCGUUGACUAACUACGGAUUCAAACCCGCCAAAGCAGACCAGGUAUCGUGUGUCUCCGGGGCCGCGGAGAGCCGGGAGGCGGCGGUGAAUUGUGCGCAGCCCGCGGAGAAGGAAGCAAAGCCGGUGAUGGCGGUGGAGGAGGCCCCAGCGGCGCCAGGCGGAGACAACAAUGGACUGGGACUGCUGGGAUCCGAGCCGCACAAACCAGUUGUGAAACUAGACGACAGCGCUGUGCUCGGGACAACCGAGGAGGCUGCCGAUUUUCUUGGACAUGAUGAUCUCCCCUCCAACGGUCUGGCUGUCACACCGGACCACAUCAACGAGGACGAUGACAGAUCUUCACACGCAAGCUCCAGCGACUGGACUCCUCAACCGCAGAUAGGUCAUGCUGAGAUGUUGUAUUCUUGGACAGGUUCCUACAGUUUCAUCCAGCAACACAUCAGAGAGACCGAUCCGAGGACCAUCCUGCGGGAUUUGCUGCCGGAGACCGUGCUCCCGCCGGAUUUAGACGACAUGACGUUGUGGCAGAUCAUCAUCAACAUCUCAGAACCUCCAAAAAGAAAGAAGCGGAAGGAUAUCAACACCUUAGAAGACGUAGUCCGGCUACUCCAUGAAAGCAAAAGGAUCCUUGUGCUGACUGGUGCUGGGGUGUCAGUUUCAUGUGGAAUACCAGACUUUCGCUCCAGAGAUGGGAUUUACGCCCGGCUUGCUGUAGAUUUUCCCGAUCUUCCGGACCCUCAAGCUAUGUUUGACAUUGAAUACUUCAGACGGGACCCAAGACCCUUUUUCAAGUUUGCUAAGGAGAUCUACCCUGGUCAGUUCCAGCCUUCACCCUGUCACAAGUUCAUAUCUAUGCUGGAUAAACAGGGAAAGCUGCUGCGCAAUUACACACAAAACAUCGAUACGUUAGAACAAGUGGCUGGAGUCCAGCGGAUUAUCCAGUGUCAUGGUUCUUUUGCAACUGCAUCCUGCCUCAACUGUAAACACAAAGUGGACUGUGAGGCUAUAAGGGAAGACAUCUUUAAUCAGGUUGUCCCUCGUUGUCCGCGGUGUCCAGAUAUUCCUCUGGCGAUCAUGAAACCCGACAUCGUCUUCUUCGGGGAGAAUCUUCCAGAGAUGUUCCACAGAGCCAUGAAGCAGGAUAAAGAUGAGGUGGACCUCUUGAUUGUCAUUGGCUCUUCGCUUAAAGUCCGACCAGUUGCCCUCAUCCCAAACUCCAUUCCUCAUGAAGUGCCUCAGGUCCUGAUCAAUAGGGAGCAGCUGCCUCACCUCAACUUCGACGUGGAGCUACUCGGCGACUGUGACGUCAUUGUGAACGAGCUCUGUCACCGGUUGGGUGGAGACUUUGAGCAGCUCUGCUACAACACUGUAAGACUCACUGAGAUCACAGAGAAACCCCCCCGGUUGCCAGAACAGCCACCAAGCGAGGCCUUGCCUGCUUCCAGCGACGCGGCUCAGGAGGAGCAGAAGCAGCACAGUACAGACUCCGUAACUAAGCCUUCAGAGGAGACGCAAAGUCCCAAUGUCACAGAGACUGCCGGUAAUGGUGUUACACCUCCAGAGCCUUGUCCAAAUGCCCAGUGUCCCAGUGAGGAGACGGCUGAGCCUUCAGAGUUAUCAGCAGAAGACACACCAAAGGAGGAGGCCACCGAAGUAAAGAGCCAAACCUCCAACCUUGAAUUUCGUCGGCGAUGCUGGAUGAGUCGAGUCAGCAGAAGUCCAAUCAGCAAACGCCUUGAGACAGGCCAGUACCUGUUCCAAGCACCAAAUCACUACAUCUUCCACGGGGCCGAGGUUUACUCCGACUCUGAAGAUGAGACGUCGAGCUCCUGCGGGAGCGACACCGACGAGUCCGAGUGCAGCGCAGAUGGCGCGGACGAAGACAGCGAGCUGGAGGAGGCCAGCGCACUCGCGGCGGGCGGAGACACACGCCUCAGAGACACAAUACAACACACUUUAGCCAAUGAGGCCGCAUCGAGUGUGCAGACAGACAGUACUUCUGAAACAACUCAGAGCACCACACACCUUUAAAUGUAAAGUACCCAGUCGACAAAGCACUAAUUGUCUUUUUUUAUAUAUAUAUAUAUAUAUAUAUAUAUAUACAGUAUAUAUAUAUGUUUCGUAUAUUUUUGACUCAUCAACCUUACUAUUAUUUUUCAUAAAGCUGAAAUUGCGUGACAACUUUGUGUGAAUAUGCAGAAAGUUUGUUGUUUUUUUUUUGGGUCACAUUGUGUCUGAAACCUCAUAUUGUGUACUACUUACUAAAUAGAACGCAGUAGCUUUUUAAUUAUUAUUUCUUUCCAUGUGCUCAUCUCAUCUCGCGUUCACAGAAAUGUAGCUUGAUGCCGUCAUCCGCUGCGACGUACCACGAAUGCAACACUAGAUUAAGCUUUAAUUUCCUAAAUUGCAGUCAUUACGAGCAAAGACAUCAAAUGUCUGUUCACGAGUGUGACGUCAGCUGUGGGUCUAAUGAUGUUUUACAGUUGGUUCAUGUUACCGUCGGGGGGGGCAUGUAAAUAUGUACGCCUACUGCCAGCUAAAUAGUGGGUACUAAUGAGUUUCAGACACAUUAAUCUAAAGAUGGUUUACUUGAACGAAUUGUCUAACUCGCAAUAUAAAAAGGUUCGGUUCUGCCCUUUUUUUUUUUUUUUUCGUGAGGGUGAAUGCCAGAAGAAAAAAGGAACAGUACUCUUUAAUUUUAGACCAAAGAACACUUGAUCAACACGCUCCUAUGUUGUCAUAAGCUUUGUAUGUUUAACCUGUCAUUUAAAUCUUGGAGAAAAAAAACAAAUAUAUAACUAUUGACAAGGUGUUCCCUCUGACAUGUGGCAGCUACUUUUUAAUGGUCAAGCCUCUUAUUUUUAUACUCUGAUGUGAGACAUACUCAUCAAAGAGUAGGUGAUUCUCUGUACAAAGUUAUGCUAAGUUGUAAUAUUAAGCCGUAGGAGUAUAUUCAGUGACUUCACGUUGACAAAUGGCGAUUUCUUUCUUCUUCCUCCUUCAUAUAAAACCGGUUUUGUUGCCCGUGUCACUUGUCAUAGAAUAUAAAGUUAAAACGGUUUCUUUUAUUACACAGAUGAGUCUGCUGCCUGUAAAGAAUCAGUGUUGGUAAAUAGACAUAUUUGAGCCAAUGUGAUGGAUAAAUGUCGACGCCAACAUUAUUCACGUACAAUUUUUCAAGGUAAUGUUUUGUUUACGGUUGAAGGAAGUACGAUUUUUUUUUUUUUUUUUUUUUACAUUAUUAUAGUUAUUCUCUUCUGAGGUUCUCAGUAAAAAAAACAAAACAUGAA